CGGACAUUUUCGGUAAAAAUAUUUUGUAAGCGUCGGAAGUUGUGGUAGCGAAGACGGCGAAUGUCAAAAUGGCGACAUUGAAGGUUUUCUGUGCUCGGUCAAACCUUCAAGGUUUACUGAGGAGUGCUAUCCGUCCUGUGUGCGCCACACAGCAACACAGAAACCACUUCAUUCAAGUUGGCCAAAAGGAAAAAUCCCUGGAAUGGAGUCCCAUCAUGGAUAGAGCAGCCACGUCUGUCUUCUGGAAUGAACUCUUCAGAGGUCUUGGCAUCACUUUUGGUAUGGUCCUGAAGGAGCCAGCCACCAUCAACUAUCCUUUCGAGAAGGGCCCUCUGAGCCCACGGUUCCGUGGGGAGCACGCUCUGCGCCGCUACCCGUCGGGGGAGGAGCGUUGUAUCGCCUGCAAACUGUGCGAAGCCAUCUGUCCUGCUCAGGCUAUCACAAUUGAAGCAGAGCCCCGUGCCGAUGGCAGCAGACGUACGACUCGUUACGACAUCGACAUGACCAAGUGUAUCUACUGUGGUUUCUGCCAGGAAGCAUGCCCCGUGGAUGCCAUUGUGGAGGGCCCGAAUUUCGAGUACUCAACAGAGACGCGUGAGGAACUGUUGUACAACAAAGAGAAACUUCUCAGCAACGGAGACAAGUGGGAACCCGAGAUAGCCGCCAACCUUCAGGCCGACUACCUCUACAGAUGAAAACAGUUGCUGUCUUGUCUAGAGGUCUUUGUACAUAUUCUCUCUAUGUUUUUGUGUACGAAUGCAAAUUCUCUGAUGUAUGGAACACACCAGGUCUCUGAAAAUUUACAGUGUUGGAUCGGUUUUGAUCUUAAUGGUUUGCAAUUUUUUUAAAUCAUCCGAGCUUGUAGUGUAGAUGAUGUUCUGGAUUUGCACCUUGUUCAUGUACCAGACAUCUGUUUCAUGUUUCCAUUGAUAGAUGUAAAACGUGUGUUGCCAAGAAGAAAGAAAGUUCAUGCCAAGACUUGAGAAUCUACUAGGGGGGCAAAGGUGUAAAUCUCUGAGGGAACCUCAAUGUUGGGAAGUGCAGAAAGGCUGCAGAGUUUGUGUUUGUGCUAAGCUCUGUUGUGAUACUGAGAAUGUAUUGAACAGGAAAAUAAACUCAUUAAUAAUA